UUGAAUGGCUUCCUUGCAAGGAUCUAACAUAGCCUGUGAAACUCGUCCAUUGGUUCUAAUUCAUCAAUGGUCAAGUUCAAACCUCAACUUCAAUGACUGGCUCCAGGCUCGUUUCCGUCUUCUGGAGCCCAACCACCCUGCAUUUCCUUUCUUGUCUAAGUCCUGCAGGGCUCUUGUUUGUGUAGGUGCUGCUCCACUCACCAGUGAAAACCUCAGGCAGUAUCCUUCGCUUGAGCUGGUGGUUGGUACCAGCACUGGCUUAGACCAUAUUGACAUUGCUUUGUGUCACCGUAGUGGUGUCAAAGUCACUAAUGUAGGAAAUGCCUUCUCUGAAGAUGUUGCUGACUAUGCCGUUGGUCUGUAUAUGGAUGUUCUUCGUCGAAUCUCUGCUGCAGAUAGGUUUAGCCGGACUGGAAUGUGGCCGGUCAUGGGAAGUUAUGCUCUAGGUUCUAAGUUAGGAGGCAAACGUGUCGGAAUUGUGGGACUGGGAAAUAUUGGCUUGUUGAUUGCCAAAAGGCUCGAAGCAUGUGGCUGCAUAAUCAAGUACACCUCAAGGAAGAAGAAACCAGAUAUUCCGCAUCUUUUUUAUGCUAAUGUUAGUGAUCUUGCAGCCGACAGUGAUGCUCUCAUUGUCUGCUGUGCCUUAACAAAAGAAACCCGCCAUUUGAUCAACAAGGAUGUUAUGACAUCCUUGGGGAAGAAUGGCGUGAUCAUCAACAUUGGUCGCGGAGCUCUUAUUAACGAGAAGGAACUAGUUGAUUUUCUGGUGCGAGGUGAGAUUGGAGGAGCAGGUCUUGAUGUGUACGAGGACGAACCAAGCGUCCCAGAAGAGCUUUUUGGAUCAGACAAUGUUGUUCUAUCUCCUCAUAGGGCUAUUUGCACCCCAGAAUCUAUGGCGGCAUUGCAGAAUGUAGUAAUCGGGAAUUUAGAGGCAUUCUUUGCAAAUAAGCCUUUGCUGUCUGAGAUCAAAUUUGAGUGAUGAUAUUCUACCUUUGUUCUUCAAUUGUAUGGUAAGCAUAUCUACCUAUUUGCAUCAAUGAUGCGGAAUGUUAAAAAUACAAUAUGAUGCAAUAAUUUUUCUUCGUGUUAAAUUGUUAAAGCUAAAUAAAA